AUGGUCACUGCAGGGUACGACCCAGAAAGGUUCAUGUCCGUCAUCCAGUCACUUGAAACCAAGCUCUACGUCACUGAAGAGAAACUAAGGGACAUUACACAAAGACUAGAGGAGCACCAGAGUCACACCGGCUGCCAGGACCCGCACCUGUGCUCCCAGCUCACCCAGAGCCGGGCGACCGCUCAGCACCUCGGUCUGCUGCUGCACAGCCAGGCCAAGCAGAGCCAGCGCUUCGCCCAGGAGACGGAGGCCUGCUGCAGGAUGCUGGCAGGCAGGUUCCAGGUGGCUCUGAACAUCGUGCAAGCCUGCAGAGAGAGGCUUCAAGCUACUCCGAAUUAUCCCUUAGACCUGGAGAGGCAGCUAGCCAGUGUGGCUGCCUGCCUCAGUACUGAUGAGAGUGUCGAAUGUGCCUCUGCGGCCCGCUUAAAUGUCAUUCAGGAGCAGGUGAAGGCCAUUUAUUUGUCAGACCGACUGUAUGUGGAUCUGGAAAAAGAGCUGCAGCAAGUCGAGGUGUUACAGACUAAACUGCAGGCUCUGAGUCAGGAGAAGGAGGUGAACUUACUGGACGAACACGAGGCGUUGAAUGACGCCUUGUGCCAGCUACAGGAGGACAACAGCGUGCUGAGAGAGGGGCUUGAGCGGGCCGAGCAGCAGAUAUUAUCUGUGGAGACGGGAAAGCAGAGGCUGAUGGAGGAUAUCAAGAAAAUUAGGAAUCAUCAUGAAGAGCAAAUGCAAAAACUGGAAGCCAAGUUUCAAGAGAAACUGAAGGAACUGCAGCAAAUUCAUGAAGAGGAGAUGAAAAACUUGCAUGAUUAUUACACCAAGUCCAAAGAAAAACCGGCUAAAUCCUGCACUGAGACCCCACCUUCGACUCCACCAAACCAACCAGAGGGGAGGAGAAGAACAAACGAGGACAAUGAGAUCCAAAUGAUGGGAGGUGAUCCAGAGGCCAUGAGAGCAGCUUACCAUAAAGAUCUGGAAAAACUUAAGGAAUCGUGUGAUCAGGAGGUCAGUGCGAUGGAAGAGAUGCACAGGAAACAGAUUGGAGACCUUCAUGAGCAACACCAGCAGGAGAUGGCCGAACUUCUGAAGCAGAAAGACCAACUCCUGCAGGAAGAGACAGCUGCUACCAUGGCAGCCAUUGUAGCGAUGAGGAGGGCCCAUAAACACGAGCUGGAGAAGAGCAGACGGGCUCAGCGGAUCAGGGAGAGCGCAGACAUCACACAGCUCUGCGCUGAAUACGAGGGGGAGAUCCAGUUGUUGCAGAAGGAGCUCCAGACGCUGUCGGCUCAGCACACUGAGAAAUGCCUGGAAAACUCUCAGCUGAGCCAGGAGCUGCAGCAGGAGAGGAAAUCAAGAGAGGCUGAUGACUUGUCCCAGCCGCAGUUUUCGCUGAAUGGGAAGCAAAUGCAUGUUGUUCCUCAAGCGAAUGACUUUUAUGAGAUGGAGGUGAUUUUGCGGGCGAGGGAGGCAGAAAUGCAGUUCCUCAGACACGAAGCUCAGUCACUCAGAGAAGAGCUGAAGAUUGCCCGAAUGGAUAAGAUCUACGCUCAGAAUAAGCUGAAAGCCCUCUGUACCAACAACCAGGAGGAGCCUCAUCAGCAGGUCAGCAGCCGUGGUGAAGAGUCAGCGGCUUGGUCUCCAGGCAAAGAGCCUGCAGGACCGACUCCUGAAAAACCUGUGUCAAACACAGCCAAUGGUGCUUUUCCAAAGAAAUCUGGGAAAUCAUCUCUCAUGCGCCAAAUAAAAGGAGUUCGAUCAAGGAGUUUAAAAGAUGGUCUUUCUGUUCAGGAAAAGAUGAAGCUGUUUGAUUCUUUCUGAUCUGAAUCUGAGCUUUUCUCAGCUCCAGAGGGAAACAGCAGGGCGGACUCAAGCUUUAUGUUUCUUUUUCUAUUGUAA